AUGGAGAAAGAUCAAAAUAAAGAGGGAAACAUGACUGUGGAGCGUUUAAGAAUCAGGGAUGGGGCUAUAAACAUGCAUGUGGUGGGUAACGGAGAGAUAGUUGAGGAGAAUAUUCCGAUGUCAACCCUUCGAAUAAGGUCAAGAAAAGCAACUUUGUCUGAUUGCACCUGCUUAUUAAGACCAGGAAUUGAUAUUUGUGUGCUCACAACCUCUCAACAUACAGAAAAUUCAGAGGAAGAGAAUACUGUGGAGCCUGUCUGGAUUGAUGCUAUGAUAAGUUCUGUUGAGAGGAAGCCUCAUGAGGUUGAAUGUGCUUGUCAGUUCUAUGUUAACUUCUAUCUCACCGAAGGCCCUGCUAGUAUGACAAAGAAAACACUUAAAAAAGAUAUAAACAUAGUGCAAAUUGAUCAAAUUUCCAUUAUUCAAAAGCUUCAACGAAAGCCCUGUGAGGAUAAGCACUACCGUUGGAGCUUCUCUGAGGAUUGCCCUGCAUGGCAGACGUAUAGACUGGUUAUGGGAAGAUUUGCCUCUGACCUUACAUGGCUGCUUGUUGCAUCUGUUUUGAAGCAAAUUGUAUUUGAUGUAAGAUCCAUAAAGAAUCAGAUUGUCUAUCACAUUUGGGAUGGUUAUGAUAAGUCUCCACCAAAUUCCAUGAUCCCGUUAAUUGCUAUUAAUUUCAGGUUAGAAAAUGAAAAUCUGACCCCAAUCCUUAUCAAAUUUGUUCCAGUUCAUACUCUUGUGGAGGGACCUGCAGGUGAAACAUGUGAAGAUGGAUCAUUGUCCUUUUAUGAUCUCAUGGACUUGCGGCGCUCUAAGCGUCGACAUGUGCAACCGGAGCGUUACUUGGGUUGUGAUUCUCCAUAUUUGGAUGUUGACAUGGCUCGUAUAGGAAUACACAAGACAUACAAACGGGAAUAUGAGGACUCAAUCCAGGAUGAUCAUGCAUGUCCUUCAGAAAAGCAUGUCAAGGGUGGAAAUAGGGUCAAUUUUUAUAAGAGAAGUCUGCUUGAGAAUUUUCUUGUAUUCCAAAGUAAGCUCAAAUCAAAGGGUGAGGUAUCUAGUGUAGUCAGUCAAGGAGAACAUACAUCAGUUGCCACUAAACAAGGGGAACAUCAUUCUCAACUUCCUAAAGUUCCUUUGCGUCAGCCUGUUGAAGAAAGUGAUUUAAGUGUCCAUAAACAUCCUCUUGAUGCUGAGAUUCCCGAAGAUCAUUCAGGAGAGAUCGGUAAAAUCGUUUCCAACUGCAUAUACAGAAAUCAUUCCCCUGCAGUACAUGGAAAGGAACCUUCUGAGGACAACUUUAUGGUGGUGGAUGAUAUAAGGGAGCGGGAAAAUUCAAAUAAGAUAUGCUGUACAAAAAGGAAGAACUCUACUUUUUCAGAGAGAAAGAACAUCUAUGAUGUAGGAAAUUUUACGAAGGGAAAUUUAAGUUCAAAUGUGUACAGGGAAAUGAUAAGAAGAUGCAUGAAAAACAUAGACUCCUCAAUGAAAAAAGAACAGCCAUUGGUGAUUGAUCAGUGGAAAGAGUUUCAGGCAACAAAUUCGAACCAAAGAGAUUGCACUGAGGAACUCUCAGUCACGACUGAAGAUGAAAGUUCAGAAAUUGAAAUGUUGUGGAAGGAAAUGGAACUCGUCAUGGCAUCAACUUAUUUUCACGAAGAAAGUGAGGGCUCACAUGUUGAAGGCCCUGCUGAAGCACAAAUAUCAAGCAAAGAAAGUUGGCGUGUUUGUCGGCAUGAAUACAAGCUCAACGAAGAAAUAGGAGUUCUGUGCAAGUUUUGUGGCUUUGUGAGCACUGAAAUAAAAGAUGUCCAGCCUUCUUUUCUGCCACGGAUGAGAUGGGACAGAUACAAGGAACGAAGAACUGAGGAUGAUUCAGAGCAUAAGCCUAAUGAUGAUGGGGGCCUUGAUGGUUACAGCAAUCCUGUGUCCUCUAACACGCCCUUUUUGGAAGGGGAAGACAAUGUGUGGGCCUUAAUACCUGAUCUUAAAGGUAAAUUACAUUUCCACCAAAAAAGAGCAUUUGAAUUUCUGUGGCGAAACAUUGCUGGUUCUUUAGAACCAGCACACAUGAAACCAGAAAGCAAGAGAAGAGGUGGUUGUGUUAUCUCUCAUUCCCCUGGAGCUGGGAAAACCUUCCUCAUUAUCACAUUCCUUGUGAGCUACUUGAAGCUAUUCCCACGAUCACGGCCUUUGGUCAUUGCUCCAAAGACAGCACUCUAUACCUGGCACAAGGAAAUAAUCAAGUGGGAAAUUCCUGUUCCAGUUUACCAAAUCCAUGGUAAUCAAACAUUCAGAGGUGAAGUCUCAAGGCAGAAAUUGAAAUUACUUCCAGGGAUCCCUCGUAAUUUAAAUGUUAUGCAUAGUUUGGACUGUCUAGAAAAACUACGGAAGUGGCUUGAUCAUCCAAGUGUCCUUCUCAUGGGCUAUAGCUCGUUCCUAACGUUGACUCGAGAAGAUUCAAAGUAUGCUCACAAGAAAUACAUGGCCCAAGUUUUGCGGCAAAGUCCAGGGAUUCUGAUACUUGAUGAAGGGCACAACCCAAGAAGCACUAAAUCAAGGCUAAGGAAGGGUUUGAUGAAGGUCAAUACAGGAUUGAGAGUUUUGCUCUCAGGUACUUUGUUUCAAAAUAAUUUUGGUGAAUAUUUUAACACCCUCUGCUUGGCAAGACCAAGCUUUGUCAAUGAGGUGUUAAAGGGGCUGGAUCUGAAGUUCAAGACGAGGAAAAGAGGUGCCAAAACAUUCUUUUCUCUAGAAAAUCGAGCAAGAAAAUUCUUCAUUGAUAAAAUUGCAAAGAAGAUUGAUUCAAAUGUAGCAGAAGAAAGAUUGCAGGGUCUAAAUUUGUUGAAGAAUAUGACGAGUGGCUUUAUAGAUGUACAUGAAGGUAGUCAUUCUGACAAACUUCCUGGUUUACAGUGUUACACAUUAAUGAUGAAGUUAACUGCCUUUCAACAAGGGAUUCUGGAAAAGCUUCAGAAUCAAAAACGUGUUUACAAAGGAUUUCCACUAGAGUUGGAGCUUUUAAUUACUCUUGGGGCGAUACAUCCUUGGUUGAUCAAAACCACCGCAAAUGCAAUUCAACAUUUUAGUACGGAGGAGUUGGAAGCUCUUGAGACGUCCAAGUUUGAUCUGAAGAUAGGUUCAAAAGUGAGAUUUGUUAUGAGCCUUGUUCCUCUGUGUUUCCUCAGGAAAGAGAAGAUUCUAAUCUUUUGCCACAACAUUGCCCCCAUUAAUCUCUUUCUCGAGAUAUUCCAGAGAUUCUAUGGCUGGCGAAAGGGUGAAGAAGUUUUGGUCCUUCAAGGGGAACUUGAGCUCUUCGAAAGAGGAAGAGUAAUGGAUAAGUUUGAGGAGCCAGGGGGUGUAUCAAAGGUAAUGCUGGCUUCCAUUACAGCUUCUGCUGAAGGCAUUAGUUUGACUGCAGCAUCUCGGGUGAUCCUAUUGGAUUCGGAAUGGAAUCCUUCGAAAACCAAGCAAGCCAUUGCUCGAGCUUUUCGGCCUGGUCAGGACAAGGUUGUGUAUGUUUAUCAGCUCUUGGCUACUGGCACACUGGAAGAAGAAAAAUACGGUAAAACGAUGUGGAAGGAGUGGGUUUCCAGUAUGAUGUUCAGUGAGGCACUUGUGGAGGACCCUUCUCAUUGGCAAGCCCAAAAAAUUGAAGAUGAAUUGUUGAGGGAGAUAGUUGAGGAGGAUCGAGCUACAUUGUUCCACAAGAUAAUGAAAAAUGAGAAGGCUUCAAAUUGGGUUGAUAAGAGGUUCAUUAUUCAAGUUCCUUAUUAA